AUGAAAACGUUCAAUGCGCUCUGUAAAAAGAAAGCGAUAGCGUUUCCAAAGAAAAGUAACCAUGAAAACUUGCAUUUAGGACUCUCAUUAGUAAGAGAUGUAAUGGGUUCAUCGACAUGCUGCUGUAGUUGUUGGCCGUCCUCGACCACGUUGCUGUUAAUGUCUCGAUUUUCAAUAUUCUCCUUCAUCUUUUCUUUUUCAUGCUUUUUUGACUUUUUGCUAGAAGUCUUUUUGUCUUCGUCCUUGUCUUUCGUUCUGCUACGGUGAUGAUCGCUUUCUGUGCCAUCCGUUGCCACUUCUUUUUUCUUCUUUUCUUUUGUCUUUUCCUUGGAAUCCUUUGUCUUUGUUCGCUUCUUCGAUUUCUCCUCCUUGGACUCUUCCUUGUUCUUAUUCUCCUUGGACUCUUCUUUGUUCUUAUCCUCCUUGGACUCUUUUUUGCUCUUCUCCUCUUUUCCUCUGCUUUCCGAUCGAUGCUUGGACUUUCCCGAUUUUUCCUUUGGUUCUUCAAGUGAUGAAGGGCGGCGUUUCUUCUUCGGUUGA